AUGAUAGCAACAGAAUCAUCAUCGGCAUGGCCUCCAUCACAAGUAUCAUCGUCAGCCUCCCUUUCCUCCCACCCAUUCAACGAUGAUCAGAAGGAAGGAGUUGAUCAACACACCAAGAUUCAUCCACCAGAAAUGGUAGAAGACUACAGCAUCUGGGAUCCUGCACCUGGAUCCAGUGGUGGCAAUUAUGCUCCCAUUCCCCAUGCUGUGCUUCUUGUUUAA